AUAAACCUGUCUCUCUCUCUGUUUCUCUCUCGGUUGUUAUUUUUCAUACUAAUUUUCUGAGUUUCUUCACCCUUUGCUUUUUGGCAAGGCGAGGUGAAGAGGGUCGUUGUGAUCUAUGACCAACCAUCGGAAUUGCUUCACUGUGGACUUAAUGAUCCUCAAUGUGGCUCUGGCUUGCAUCGAUGCUCUUCUUGCAAUCAUUGCAUUUGCUCAGGUCCUCAGGAUUCAUGUGCGAAGUCAGCAAAAUGAUUGGACACGCCAAAAAGUACUUCAUCUCAUGGUUGGCACUUCCAACUUAGGGUACUUUAUCUAUUUUACAACUACCGUUUUAGCUACUUGUAAUGGGUGGCUUUGCUGGUCUGGUGCUUGCGGUUUUAUUCUUAUGGCCUCCUCCAAAGUUCUGUUUUUGGCAGUAUUUCUCCUCUUGCUAUCAUUCUGGGUGGACCUUUUCCAUCAAGAAAAUGAGGAGGAGGAGGAGGAUACUGUUGAGAAUAGGUCCCAGCAGGCCUUGUUGGAAGGUAUCAAAAGGGAACAUGGUUCAACUCCCAUGAAAGACUACCAGAGAUGCUGCUCAAUCCCAGGCUUUCACAAUGGUAGCCGACAAAAAUGUGUUAUAGUGGUAGAGGGGAUGCGUCUAGGAAUUUCCCUUAUUGUGGUUCUAAUCUUUGUUAUCAUGAUGUCAUUCUCUAUGUUGAUGUGGAUUGAAGAUCCAAUAAAUCCUUCUCUUGUUGCUAAGGUGUACGAAACAUUUCUUGCAGUAAUGGUACUUGUAUUGGCUGGAGCAUUAGGUUGCUAUGGUCUCCUUCUAUUCUUCAGAUUAAGGAAAAUAAGAUCUGAGAAAGCUUCAUCAGAAAUGUGGAAGGUUGUCAGUUUAGCAAUUAUUUCUGUUGUAUGUUUUUCAUCAAGUGCAUUUGUAGUGCUGGACACAGAGAUUCCUCUUCUCUAUCAAUGGCAUUUGAAGAUCAUAUACGGAGUUAAAGCUUUUGUUUUCUUGAUCUUGUACUAUUUUGUUGGUUUCAUAGACUUCCUUCGUUGUGCUAAUUGUUCAUUUGAGCUUUUGAUUACUAAUUAUGGCAAUUGGAAAUGA